GUGCAAGCAAGCAAGCAGCGCUCACCAACUCAGCUAACGAACCCACCCACCCACCAGGUCAUGCAGCGCUCAGCAGCCAUGAACUGCGGAAGCGGUCCCGCUCCGGCGACGAUGGUGCGCUGCAGGCAGUGCAGCGCCAGCGUUGCCGCGCCGCCCGGUGCCCGUGCCGUCCAGUGCAUGCAGUGCUGCUGCGUUACCCGCGUCGGCGGGGGUGGCCGACAGCACGGGGCGAUGGUGCCGGCGAUGCGCCCCAUUCCGGGCUUCGGCGGCGGCCGCGGCAAGAAGCGCGCCGUGCUGGUCGGGAUCAAGUACACCAACACUCGCGCCUGCGAGCUGAGGGGCCCCAUCAACGACGUCAAGUGCAUGAGGUACCUCCUCACCGAGCACUUCGGCUUCGCCAACGACUGCGUCCUCAUCCUCACCGAUGAGGAGAGGGACCCGUGCAGGCAGCCGACAAAGAACAACAUCCGCAUGGCGAUGCACUGGCUGGUGCAGGGUUGCAGCUCCGGAGACUCCCUGGUGUUCCAGUUCUCCGGCGCUGGUGUGCAGGUCCCCGACUGCAGUGGCGAAGAACGUGACGGCAUGGACGAAGCCAUCUGCCCCCUGGACUCGUUCCAGCAGGGCCCCAUCCUGGACGACGAGAUCAACCAGGCCAUCGUACGCCCGCUCGUGCACGGUGUCAAGCUCCACGCCAUCGUCGACGCCUGCCACAGUGCCACCGUCCUCGAUCUCCCAUACCAGUGCACCUUCUCCAAGCAGUACGGGUGCUUGAGGUGGAGGGAUGAGCGCCCUCUGAACGGCGCCUUCAAAGGCACCAGCGGAGGCCAGGCCGUGCUCAUCAGUGGCAGCAGCAACGGAAAGACCCAGAUGAACAUGAUGCCUGGACCCGAUGCAACGGUUGGCGCCAUGACGCACAGCUUCAUCAGAGCAGUGGAGUGCGAGCCGCGCACCACCUACGGCCACCUGCUCACCUCCAUGAGGACCAUCAUGCGCGACGGCGGUGGCAACUGCAACCUGCAGGGCCCCGCCGGCGGCUGCGUCCGCAAGGUGGCCAACUUCAGCGGGGUGGAGGAGCCUCAGCUGUCUUCUGCUUGCAAGUUUGACAUCCACCGCGAGCCGUUCUGCAUGUAGAACCCGCGUCCGGGUUCGUCGUCGUUCUGCACUCGACGAUUACCACCUACACGGCUAAUCAUCGACCGUAUCGAGAUAGCCGAUCAGUGGGACAAAUAACUAUGAUGCUUGCUGCUAGUAUGUGUGAUAGCCGAUCACCUCACCAGCCGCCAUGACAUCCAGAAUGAGCAUAGCUCAUACAAGGCUCUGGAGGACCACGUUCCCUACUGUACUGUACGUCUGUAUCUACGUACCUCACUGUAAUAAGGCUGUUGUGGUGUUGUGUGUCGUCUCAUACCCUAUCAAAUUAUAUGCUGCUUCAUCUUCAAAAGAGAUGCGUAAAAGCAA